AUCUUCAGUGUAUUUCCGCGUUCACGGCGGCCGAGCUGUAAUAACCGAGUCUCCAUGGGGGUGUGCGGGGUUUCGACCGAAGCAUCGCUGCUGUUUUCUCCAGCCAGGUCUCCGGUGGCGGCUCGUGUCCCCGUUCUGGAUGAAUGAAACCCGGACCAUCUGAGGGUCUAUCCUCCGCUUGUUCUCCACCGAGCCUGUCGUCGACCAGCGCGGACGAGCUGGGGGGGAAUCCGGGGAAAGGCAGCCGCGGCGCCGCGCACCGGCCGACGGACACCCCGCCGCGCCGCUCCACCAACAUGCUCACCCGGGUCAAGUCCGCCGUGGCCGGAUUCAUGGGUGGGAUCGUGGCCGGGGGAAGCUCCGGCGGAGGCGGCAACCCCGGCUCCGAUCUCCAGUUGAAAUUCCCGUACAGGAGACCCGAGUUCCUCGGCCUGUCCCCGGAUGAGGUCGAGUGCUCGGCGGACCACAACUCCCGGCCCAUCCUCAUCCUGAAGGAAACCAGGAGAUUACCGUGGGCCACCGGAUACGCUGAGGUGAUCAACGCUGGCAAGAGUGCGUUAAAUGAGGACCAGGCGUGCUGCACAGUGGUCGUGGCCAGAAGGAGGCCAAUGAGCUGCUGCCCUCCUUCAACGCCCAGCAAGACGCCCACUGCCAAGAGACGCAUCUCCCUGCCCAACGGAGAGGGCCUGGGGCUCGCGGACCACAAGCUGGAGGACGAGGCUGAAGGUUUGGUGUUCCACUACUGGGCCUUGUUCGAUGGUCACGCUGGCUCAGGUGCAGCCGUCGUGGCCUCCCGCCUGCUGCAGCACCACAUCGCCUGCCAGCUCCAGUCCGUGAUCGAGAUCCUGCGCAAUCAGGGGGCUCCACCUCCCACCUUGCUGGGGGAAGAGCCCGAUACCAACCCCUACCUCCAGGGAUCCACCCUCGGCCCUCACCGGUCCCUGACCCGGGCCGCCUCGUUGCGAGGGGCCGCGGGGGCGCCGGGUUCUCCGUCCAACACCCCGCCACCGCCUCGCUUCUUCACGGAGAAGAAGAUCCAACACGAGAGCCUGGUGAUAGGAGCCAUAGAGAACGCAUUCAAAGAGAUGGAUGCCCAGAUCGAGAGGGAGAAGCAGGAUUACAACAUCACAGGAGGAUGCACGGCUCUCACUGUGGUUUACCUGCUAGGAAAACUAUAUGUGGGGAAUGCAGGUGACAGUAGGGCUAUCGUUAUAAGAGCCAAUGAGAUCAUUCCCCUGUCCACAGAGUUCACACCAGAAUCAGAGCGACAGAGACUCCAGUUCCUGGGUUUCAUGCAGCCUCACCUGUUAGGAAAUGAGUUCACGCACCUGGAAUUUCCCCGGAGAGUUCAGAGGAAAGAGGUGGGCAAGAGGAUGCUCUACCGAGACUUCACCAUGAACGGGUGGGCUUACAAGACCAUCGAGGAUGACGACCUCAAGUUUCCACUCAUAUAUGGUGAAGGGAAAAAGGCUCGGGUGCUGGCCACGAUCGGUGUGACCCGGGGGCUCGGGGACCACGACCUCAAAGUGCACGACUCCAACAUCUACAUCAAGCCCUUCCUGUCCUGCUGCCCCGAGGUGAAGGUGUAUAACCUGACCCAGUAUGAGCACGGGGCUGAUGAUGUGCUGGUAAUGGGAACUGACGGGCUCUGGGACGUCCUCUCCAACCAGGAAGUAGCUGAGGCAGUUACCACUUUUCUAGCCAACUGUGACCCUGAUGACCAGCACAGGUACACGAUGGCUGCACAGGACCUGGUGAUGCGAGCCCGUGGCGUGCUGAGGGACCGAGGCUGGCGGAUCACCAACGAGCGCCUGGGCUCCGGAGACGACAUCUCGGCCUUCAUCAUACCGCUCAUGUACGGCAAUCGUCAGGUCUGAGGAGCCCGACAGAGAUGCUGCCAUUCAAGGACCCUGAAGGGCCUGUAGGCUCCUAAACCAACUCAGAACUUUACUCAGAAUCCCCUUUUCCCCCUGUGCCGUUUGCACUUUGAUUUCCCUCCUUAGACGAGAUUCAGAUGGGACCUUUAGAUUUGUUCCUGCUUGAUUUCUCAGCUCGAGUUCAGGAUUGCGCAGCCACUUAUUGAAGAUUUUAGUGUCAGAAACCACCAGACACAUGGUAAAUUUAUUUAAUUUGAGUCGUAAAUCCAAAUAAAUAAUUAGUGAUCAAGGAUUGUCGUGAGUAAAAGUAGUUCCAUAGGAUGGUUGAGGUGACUUUCCCUAAACCUUCUGCAGAGAUGCGAAAUAUAAAAUAGGCGAAUGAAUCGAAUUGAAAAUGAAGGAAAGACCUUUUUCUUUCUUUCCUUCUCCUACCUCUCUUCUUAUGCUGUACAAUACCCGGCUUGUCCUCUUCCUACCGUCUCUUUUCGUACCCUCCUCUUCCCCUAUACUGCACAGUCAAACUGGUUUAUUAUAAAAAGAAUACCUCCUACAUCUCCUGACUGUGGACGGAGCUGGCAGGUCCGGUGCAUUUUCUGUUUUGCCACAGUGUGGCCGCGAAGGAUCAUUUUGCUGAGGAGCCACUUAACAGGUGGAUGCAGCGGAAGAAGAAAAAGGAUGAAGACUUGAAGUUGUCGACCUCUAUAGUAGCAGGCUAGUCUCGUGAGGAAUCUGCUUUCUUGAUGGAAUACAAGAAAACUCACUAGAGGAUCUGAACUAUGAUGAUCAGCCAGGAGAACGACGUAGUUUGAUAUGAAAACUGAUCACUCAUUUAACAUGUGCACAGAAGGAACAUGUUCACUGUUUCAAGUCAUUUAAUCUGAUGUUGUCAGUAGCUUGAGUUUUAUUGAACUUGGGGAUUAGCAGCAUAGCUAUGACAUGGAUUAUAAAAACAUUUGGGGAAAUGCACUUAAUAGCUUUUUUUGCCUAGAGUUAGAUGAGAAACUCUAGGCAAAACAAUACAAAUCUAUUUUAUUUCUAAACAGUGACAGAAUAAACUUUAGAUUAAAUGACUUGCCCAGCAGUGUAGUAGCACUUUAGGCCGACCCACAAUACUCGUCGAGGGGGCAUGAUACACGUAAUGACGAGGAGGAAAAUAUUCCCUGCAGCAGGGAGGAUUUAGAUAAUCAUGACAUACAUUUGAAAUCAAGCUGAAUCAAAGGCCCACAGAGACCAAGACAGAAUGUCCCUGUUGCCUGAACAUGUUCUACAUGUUUCAGAAGAUUUAGACGUCAAAACAGAUCGUGUUUGUCAAGAGAGGAACAGGUUCGGGAACACUGAGGUUUUGUGUUUGGAUGUAGUGAUUCCCUGUGUGUCAGUGCAUGCAGUGAUUUAUCGUAGGCCUGGGAACAUGAGCGACGGUGCAAUGGUUUACACUGCAGUUUGUUUUAUAUGGACUGAAUUUACAUUUCUGUACUGUAUCGAAGCGUUUAUAGUAAUGUUAUUUGUUUGUUAAUGUGCCGUAACCAUGCAUAUAUUUAUUAGGUUGUUCGUUCCUUUGGGACAAUUAGCAUCCCAGACAUUUAGCAUAAUAGCUUGGUGUGAUUCAUUAUAAAGGAAGAGAAUGAAAUGAAACAGAAACCCUUAUCGCCAGACAGGGAACCUUAUAGUGUUUUAUUUUAUUUUUUUUUCUUUUUCUCAUCUUGUUGAGUGGAGAAGCGAUUUGAUUUGUUCAGUCUCGUAACUGUCGAGGCCUCAGAAACUUAAAAAUUAACGUUCGCUCCCUUCCCGCUAUUAUUAUUCUAUAUUCAUUGAGGCUGCUCUGCUCAGCCAGGCUCACUGAAUGAGAGCAGGACAUGAGGAGUUGUCUGGGGAAAGGAGAAACUUACAUGGAAGAGGAUCGAUAACAAGUUUUGAAGAAGUUUCUUUCCAAACUGAAUUAAAAAAGAUUGACAGCAUAAACAGACUGCAUGUUUUAGAGGUGCGAUUUUGUCCUUGACCGAAAAAAGUGAUUGCUUAUGUUUUCCCCUGUAAAAUGGAUGUGUAGAGUUUUGGAGCAGCACUGGUUUACUUUAGGCUCGAGUGAAAAGGGAAACCUCAUUGCUGCCUUCAAAUGGAAAUCUCGAGCUUUCGGUUACGAUGUGUGUAAUCGUGUGUAUAUGGUUUUCUUGGUGUUUAAUUGGUUUCAUUGUGAAAACACUGCUACUGGGAAAUGGCGACAUGGAUCAAUCUUAUCAAUGUCUAGCAACAGUUUAGCGAGCAAGCACGUCCAUUUCUUCAAAGCUGUGUUCCUAAGACGUAGCCGCCGCUGCUAGGAAAAAGCAACAUGGAGGCUAAUAUUAACGUUACUGCUGCCGUCCAGAACCCACAAGGCCUGAAAAUGUAGCGAGCAAGCAGGUGGGUAAUGUAACAAGGGAAAUGCAUGAUGUACGAAAAGAUGAAGCCGUUGGGGAAUACAAAAAACAUCCCUGUAAACACAACCCCAUUUGAAGGCAGCGUAAGUCUCCCUGUAUAAAAACAGGGAGUACAGGCGAUUGACUGAAUCCAAAGACGUUCAUUUGAAAAUUGUGCCGUGCCAGGAUGAGGAAGCCAUUGAUAAGAGGAGUAGUUUGAAUUUUUGAGAAAUACACUUACUUGUUCGAUUGGUUCUACUGAGGUCUGUGCAGUAGCACGAAGCCACAGCUAGCAGUCUGUUAUCUUAGCGUAGCCAAGUAUAAAGAUUGGACUAACUUUUCCACUAUUUCCAGGCUUAAUGCUAAACUAAGCUAGCCUGCUGCCGGCCAUUGGCAUUUAGCGCACAGACUCAAUGGUCCCAGUCUUUUCCGCUAACUUUCAGCCACACAGUGUUGGCCCCAUAGUGUCGAACUGUUCUUUUGAGUCUCUUGAUAUGUGCCAUUGCAUUACAUGGGCUAUUUAUCAUCUUUAUUUUAUUUUUUUCCCAAUCGACAAUUAUUACCUACAUUCCUGUUACAAGCAGCAGUCAUUUACAUAUACCUGAAAUUCAUAUGGUGCACUUUUCCUCUCGUACAUUCCAUGAAAAUAAAUAUUUUAAAUAUC